AGCAUGGAUACAAUCAGCUCUAAUCGGCGCACGGCAUACUGUCACUUUAACGCUGUGAGGACUACAGCCACGAUGGGAGUUUUUACAUUGAAUCAAGACAAGUUUUCAGCCCUCACAUCACCGGAAACUUAUCUCUAGAGAAAGAAAGCAGUCGGAGUUGCGCGUUCGCGGCUCGAUCUCGCAUGAAUUACACGCAGGAUGCCAGUGUUGCCGAAAAGCCGGUAAGAUAAGUGCAAAGUGAGUUUGCUUAUGAGAGCUACCUCUUCAGCAUCACACAAAGGGAUCUACUGAGUGAACGGUGUGGUGUCUUGGGGUCUGAAUGUCAUAAAGCAACACCGGGCAUUUUUCCCUCAACGAAAUGGAUCGCUUCGCAGCAGAGUGCCUUAUGUCAAUGUCCAGCCAAGCAAUUGUUCAUAGAGAGAUCAAGCCCGAAACUGCGGCUGCACAGAGAAACGAAGACACCAAGGAGCAUCUGAAAGACAACUCCUCUCUCUUUGUGGUGGCCAGGAUUUUGGCGGAUUUCAAUCAGCAGACCCCCGCCAAUUUUGCCGAGCAGGCAAAAAUAAAGGAAGAGGGCAUGGCACAGGCACCAGCCCUAACCCGAGAUGAUGGGAACUCUGCCACACCUACCACCAUCACCACCGCCGACUCUGCCCUUAAACAAAGGGGCAAACGAUUUAGGGGUCGAAUUGAACAGGAACCCCCGCAGAAAAAGCACAAAUGCCACUAUUCAGGUUGCGAAAAAGUUUAUGGCAAAUCGUCCCAUCUCAAAGCCCACCUAAGGACACAUACAGGAGAACGCCCCUUUCCUUGCACCUGGCCCGACUGCAGUAAGAAGUUCGCCCGUUCCGAUGAGUUGGCACGGCACUAUCGCACCCACACUGGCGAGAAGAAGUUCGGCUGCCCGCUGUGCGACAAGCGAUUCAUGAGGAGCGACCACCUGAUGAAGCACGCUCGCCGUCACUCCGACUUCCAGCCAGCCAUGCUGAAGAGACAACACGGAGGAGGCAACGCCUGCAGUCUCAAGCAUACACGCCCCGGCUCCCUCAGCGAUUACAGUCGCUCUGAUGCGUCAAGCCCCACCCUUAGCCCCGCCCUCAGCCCAGCCAACUCGCCUUAACCUGUUCGCACUUUCUGCCUGGGACGCCAGGCUAACGCUUUUUGUUUUCCUUCCUUAAAAUAUUGCUGGCGGAAUUAGCGCCCAUGCUAACAUCCUCCUCCCCCUUCGCUCGCUGUGGUGUACUGUACUGUACAUAACUGCUUCUUGUAGUGCAAUUUUCUCGUGCGAACCCUAAAAGAGCAGAAAAAAGAAAAUGCCUUUUCCACAUGGCAAUAUUUACACGAUGUACCAUAUGUCUGUAUUUUUAUAGCUUCUGGCUGCGGCCUCUUUUUUUGUUUCUUUGAUAUACUACCGCUACGUUCAAAAAGGUCAAAAGUUUUGAAAGGUAAACAAUGUUUCAUCCUUAUUUUAUUUAAAACGGGUGAGGGACGGGGGCACACAUAUACACCUCAGGAUUCAGAACAGUUGUUUUUUUUCUCCUUUAAUUUUCACGUUGACUGCACAAUACAAGCAUCGCUUUACUCCGAAAUUCAACAGAGGUUGAAUUUCGCGCCCUGCUCAGGAACGGCCUUGUUAGCUUGAAAGAAUGAAGACGUACGUUUAGAAACAGCCUUACACUUGGACGAAAGGAAACUUUGCACUCUUUUGUUUUUGGUUGGGUGGUUUUCACAUCAGGGGAAAGUCAGUCAUUUAAAAUAAGAAGAGAUAAGAAGAGUUUGGAUAAUUGUAAUUAAGACUGGAAUGACUCAAAACUUUCUCUUCAAUGUCGCUAUCUCCGGAAAACUUUGUGUAAACAGAGCUGUGCCGGCCCUAGUCCUUAUUUCAAAGGGAAUCCUCUCCAUAUACCACGAAUGUAGUGAUUGGUUCUUUACACGCUCGAUGAAGGGAACAGACCGCUUCGACUUCUCUCAGUGGACUCAAUGAAAACUCCCCUUCACAGUUCUGAGGCUAAAGUUUCAAAGCAGCUGUUUCCUCAAUAAAAACAGCACAUUUCAUCAACUUCAGGGUUUUUCUCCACAGAACACGACACAUUCAGGGGGACUUUUCUGGACGUUCGCCUACUUCAGACUGCGACGACAAAAAGCAAAUGAUGCACCGAGAGGUUUUUUGUUUUAACGCUGCCCAGAGGAAGCAGGGUGGUAGUGAGGGAGGGAUGUUGGCAUCCUCUCAGGUAACAGCAGAAGUCCUGGCCCUUUGCCCUCCAUCUGCAUAGGCCUUCCACUUAGGAAACUGCAUCUACCCACACAAGGCUAUUCAUAGCAUACUAGGCAGGGAGACGAGAGCUAUUACAGUGAAGCUUUACACACUCUUGUCUCACUCGCUCUAUCUGAUGAAAAAGAGUGGGAGGUAAAGGGAAAUAAGGAUGGAGAGGCAAAGCAAAAGCUUAAGUUGUUACGCCGCAUACUCACCGAAAACUUUUCGAGUAUAGCUUUGCAAAAUUUGUCUGUGCACCGAUUAGCAUAGCUAGGCUAGCUUGCACUGUGGGUGGAGAGACCAUCGAAAUGUCUCAGAGCUUGUCGUUGGGGUUAAGAUCUGAUAUAUCGGUCUAUAAGUUAGGACAUGGGUUUUAACUCAACGAGGACUUGAAGUGUCAGGGUGUGUAUGUUUAGCUAGCAAUACAAUGGGCGGUAAGGACCGAGACAUCCCUCCAUUAGAACAAAGACGGCUAUCUGCAGGAGGCAGGAAUGAGGGGGUUGACCCAUAGCGAGACAGAUAAAGACUGAGGCUUUAUCACAAGCUGAGCACUCUUGCAGAAGAAACACCCAGACAUACCCUCCCCUUUCCUCAGAGCUACCCACCAACAGCAUCCCACGAUGCAUUGCGGCUGGGAAAAUGGUGUCAUAUGAUUGGAUGGUAUUCAAGCAGAAAGUGGGGGGGGUUGUAAUACAGGAAGUCGAGACCCAAAUCAUAAAAGCUGAGAGACAAUGGCCAUGAUAUGUUAUCAAGUCAGACUUCGAAUGUUUGAAAGGGAAUUCUCAACAAAUGAGAUGUUAUCAGUGUUUUUCUUUGCCAGUUUGGCACCGUGGGCAACUUCGCAGACAAGUUUCUCUUCUUUUCAAUUACUGUACUUUACAAGCUUUUUCACAAGCACAGGGAAAACUUCACACACACUUUUUUACUGUUGUGGACACGCUGGGACGUCAGUGUGGCCGCUGAAUGCAUUACCUCAGUGAACCAUAAAAGCAGCUGCUUUCAAACUUGACUCUCAUAACAUUACUACUCGACUUGUACAUACAUACAUACAUAUCAAACAAAAAUUUACCGUCCAUUAUUGGUCCAGCCUUGACAAAGUUAACCGUGAGAACCAGUCUGCGAAUCUAGCCGGGCUCGCUCAGGCGAAAGACCUACAAACCCUUUAGGAAGUGCGGCAGCGCUAUCUAAACUACUGUGCCGCUGCGUCUCUUUCUUUCACAUGUACACUUUAAUGUUAAUUUAUUAAGCUUACUAUUGCAGUUUUUGUUAUCUUUAUAUUCAUAAGCUCAACACCUCUACUUCAUCUCUACUUUUAUUCCUACCCGCUGACCAAUGCAGAUCGACCAGCGCAAAGCUGCCCAGCUGGAUGAGCGCUCUAGGGCUUGACAAGCAGGUGGGGAGGCCUGUGAAUGCUAGGCCUUGUCCCCCUUUUUUACUUCCUAGCGGCCCCCCGAUCCCCCUCCCAGGGCCCCCUCAUAAUCACGUCUUUCUUUCAUUCUCUCAGCUAAAAAAACACCCCCGAUCUAAAUAAACAGUGCCACGGCAGCAGUGUUUCUGCAAUAAAACCGCACAUAGUGCGGACACACCCAUACCCCUCAAAAAAGUGAUUUCAUUGUGACGUCACUGACUUUAACUAGGUUGCAUCUCUUCACUCGCCAGCUUUGCUUUAUCAGCCAGGUUGGCACGUGUACUCUCUGCGCAAGAUUUCAAUCCUAUAUAGCCAUUUAUAUUAGCUGCCCCGCAUCGUAUCUGCGAAUACUCCCCGCUGCUGGACAGGGGAGGGUAUUUUACAGGUUACACGGGCAGAAACGGACGGUCCAACCUAAUAUCCACUUUAUAAUUCAGUAAGAUGGUGCCUGCAGUAAGAAGUUGUAGCUGUAAAACUCUAGGCAACGAAAGGCUCUCGCAUUUGGGUACUGGUUACACAACACACAACAAUAAAUAUAUAUUUUCCUCGUGAUAUUUACUGAAAAAAAAUUAUUUUCUCAAUUAAAAAAAAAACCAUUCACAGUCUAGGUUAGUAUCAGGAAUACUCUAGCCAGAUAGCAUAGACACUGGAUCCGUGCCGGAGCUGCCGACUUCGGAGCGGAUUCGCCCCGGAGUCUAUUGCUAUCUGGGGAGUUUCCUGUAUUUUUCACUGUAUCGAUACUACUUGAAUGAAGAGCAAGACCAUUGAACAACCAGAAACAUUUUAUUAAGUCAUGACAGGCACCGUUUCUUACAUUACAACCCAGCAGUCACAAAUCAUUAGAAGGUGGAUUUAUUAAUUUUUUUUCCAUUUAUUAAAUAUUUCUGAAUUGUGUUGUAAUUUUCUGAUUAUUUUAUUGUCAUGUAUUAUUAUUAUUAUUGGCGAUUAUUGUUAUUGUUGUUUUCUUUUCUGUCUUCUGCGACAAUUUCUAAGUCCUAUGCUAGUUGAGAGCUCUGUCGAUAGCGGGAUGCAAGUGUGUAAUCCCUACAUAAAUAUCCUGACGUCUCAAAUGCGUAAGACUGAAAACAUGAUACUCCAAUAUCUCAUAACCAUAGAGACCAUGUCAUUGUGAGUAGAUAGUCACACGUUCAUUUUGUUGUAUCUUCUUUGUUAUUUAACAUAUUGUGUUAUGUAUCUUUUCAAGCUCAUACCUCUAUAAAAAUUAAGAAGAAGGUUAUGAAAUGGAUUUUUUUUAUUCAUAUCUGAAAGAAUUGUACUUUUUAUGAAUUAUCAGGGUAUAGCAAGAAACAAAGCAUCAUACUAAGCCGAAUCAUUCAUGAACAUAACUGAUUCAUAAAUCCGCAGCUCAUUUUGUAUUUGUUUCGUGUAUACGGAUGUCAACGAAUGGUGGCGUUUGAAUGAAUUUUGGCAUUUUUAGGCAUGUUAAUAAAUGUGCCAAAGGCAUUAGAAGGGGAUCUAUACGUCAUCGCAAACCUAUAAACAACAAUACAGUGAUAAGAAAAUGACCUUGUACAGUUUUCUAUGAGUGAUGUACAUUUUUAUGUGUAUGUAGCCGAGUGAAUGAUGUGUAUUAGAUGCGCAAGUAUUUCUAAUUUUUUUCUUUUGCCGUGAUCUUGAUGUACUUUGAUUUAUAUUGUUUUCCCUUAGUUAUGUUAUACAUCUGUCAUUGUACAGUUCAGAACAAAUGCACAUAUUAGUGAAAACUCAACAUGUUUAACUUAAGUAAAAGCUCAACCAUUCCAAAGGAUUGCAAUUACAUUUGCUAUAAAUUUGCUGCUUUUAUCCAACCAAUGCAUCAAUGCUUCAUUUCUUGUUUGUAUUUAUUUUACAAUUAGUCUUUUUGACUGUGAUACCUGUACUUUCGGUACUUUUUUCCCUCCUUUCGCUGUGCUGUUUUUUUAUCUGAAGUUAUCUACGCAGUCUGUAAAGAGACAGCCACGCCAUGUUCUGAUAAAUGAAGCAGAACCAAGACCCUUGACAAGACAAGAUGGCUUCCAAGUGUCUGUGCUUAGUUAUCAGUUUAAGGUCUUCCCCUGCAAAACGCGAUCAGUUUUGUGAUACGAAAGCAAGACGACGUCUAAAGCUGUAGGAUGCUUUUGCCAAGAACACUGUAGUGCCAUGACCUAUAGUUUGGUUGAAUGGCCCUCACUUUUAACAUAAUCGAAUGCACUGGAAGUCUCACGUUGAACUCGUUACCAAAGGCUUUAGGAACGAAUUUAUGAAUGUCGCAGGAGUUGGAAUUCAGCCAUUUGAUGUUUCAGACGAACAUUUGAGGAAAAGUUAGGACAUGUAUAACUUAAACAAGGUAUAACUCAUUAACUUAUUUCCUUUAGUACUUUUCUAUUUGGACAGUUUGCAACGGGUAUACUGGAAAAUCAUGGUAAAUAAUACCCUUAAACCUACUAGACUGUCAUUUUUAUUUCUCAUAAUCCAAGAAAUAUGAUACCUGUGAAUAACAUGUAAACGAACUGUCCAGCAAACAGUUCACAUCUUUUAAGCAGGUUUAAAACAGGUUUGUAGUUUUUGUAAAACUUACACUGUGCAUUUGAAGAUGUCCUCCAAAGAAUCUACGAGUAGAUGUGUAAAAACGCCAUACAGUGAUUUAUUAUCAGGUUAUCGAAGCUUCGGAGACGUCAACGCAAUUUAGGAAUUGCUAGACAGCAACUGAAUAUUUACACGGGCUAAUAAACAUAAUUUCAUUGAGGUCUGACUAAUAGAUGCCUUUCAGGGUGAAGUGGAUUUAAGUUUAGCCUCGGCUUAGGUUCGACUGUUGUUUAUGUUUCGUCUUGUGCUCAAGAAGAGAGACACAAACUGCUUUUGAGGGCUGUGGUCAUUUCAACAAGUCUGGUUGUCUGCCGAGUUGUGUGGUAUAGGUUUGAACAAGCUCACUUCUGUGAAUAGCGCAGGAAGCCCAUUCAUCGCCGAAUCCCAGGUGUUAUGGCGCGAGGUGACCUAGAAACUCAUCUAGCAAACAUCACCGACAAUACAUCAUCAAAGUCGUAUCAAACUAGCAUUUGAGUCCCAUAAAUAGUUUCAACUAUGAAAUUCAGACACUGUGAAAAUAUUGACUGAAAAUUACAUUGUUUCUAAUCAUUCCUGAAAUGGAAUAAAAUUAACCCCGUUUAUCCAAAUCUCCAAGUUAAAAGAUUUCAUUCAAGUGUUGUAUAGCGAAUUAUAGUGACGCACUAGCGUCUCAUGCUAACCUGUAGAUGUUUGCCGCGUGAACUCGACUCGCCUUCCUAUACGUAUCUGUCUGUAUUUUAACAAUAUAUUUUGAUGAUGCCGUGUGAUGCCUGCUCGGGGGUUACACGACGCUGGGUUCCUGUCUCCCAGCACUUCUCUACUUUGUAAAAAAGCUCUUCUUUAGCAACGGCCAGUUCCACUUUUCAUAACCUCAUUCAAAAAACUGCCGCGUAAUGCAACUUUUUCUUUUUUGUUUUGCAAUCAACCAAAUCACUACAGUAAAGUAUUACAGUUGUACAGUUCCUUGAAAUAUUCAGAUUAUAUUAUUGUUGCUGGUCUAUGGUUGCUCUGCUGUACUUUUUAUGACCUUUUUGUUUUUUACAUGUUUAGACAAUAUUGUGACUAUGUCCUAUGCAAAUACGAGAAUUAACAAGAAUUUGUCAGAUAAUGUAUGUUGUCUUAACUUGUAUGCAUGAAAUAGUGAAGUUUACAUUUGAGAAUAAAUUCAUAAGUAAGACGAA